UUCAUACAAGACUUUCACCUGCUGCUGGAAAGACCUUUAAUAAUGGAGAAAGUAACAAAUCCCCCUCCAUAUCCUGGGUCUCAGGUUUACCCUGGUCAACCUGUUGCAUACCAACCUCAACCAGGUGUGAUGGGUUCAGUUUACCCCCCUCACCCCAAUCAGAUGAUAGCAAUGAAUUCCGGAGCCCCUGCAGUCCAGUCUGCACCUACUAUAGUCACACAGGUAUUGGCUGUGUCACCCAGCCUGAGUGAUGUACCAGGGCAGAUGAAAUGCCCUCACUGUCAGCAACAAGUCAUCACAGAGACGGGACAUGUCAACGGCCUGCUCACCUGGGCCAUCUGUGGAAGUCUCGCUAUUUUGCUAAUUUGGCCCUGUUGUUUGAUUCCCUUCUGUGUUGACGCCUGCAAAGAUGUAGAGCAUCGCUGCCCAAACUGCAAAAGUGUCGUUCACUUGUACAAACGCAUUUAAUCUGUUCUGAAACACAUCACCUGCUACUUAACUGAAGAUGAAUGAGUAUAGACAAGGACUGUACCACAGAUGUAACAUUUGUAUAUCAAAUUUUCAGCGAUGUUCACUGAAAUUUUCCC